CAGUACAAUGACCGGUGGAUGUGGAUCUCUCUCUCACACACAAGACGACAAAAAACUGCUAAAACAAGUGGAAAGUGGAAAUGAUCUAGUCUGUCUGUAAUAUGUUAGUACUCAGUUAAUGUGAUCUCUCUAAGUGUGUGUUUCACCGCUUCCAGCUCAUUUUUCCAUUAUUCACUUUGAUUUUGUUGUUGUUGGGAUUUUCAUCAUACGGUGCCGUUUGGAGCUUAUCUUUCUUUCCUACCAACUUUCUUAGGAAUCAACACCCUGGACUUCGUGAGCUAGAGCUUUUUUCUCACUGUCCCAAUGUUGUUCUUUUCUUUGUACCAUUUUCAUCAGGGUUGAUUUUCAGUUCUCCUUGUUUUCUGGGCAACUGAAAAGGAACCAUCUUGAUUUGCAUUCUCAGUGGGAAAGUCUUUCACUUUGAGGAUAAUGUGGUCACCCUUUUUGGAGUUCUAGUGUUCAGUUGAUUCUUCGUAUAGUGGGUGCUCUGCUUUGAGUUUUGAAGAAGAAAUGUUCGGGUUCUCUCGUAAACAUAUGAAACUUGGCAGUAGAUUGAAGGUCCAGCUUUCUGACACCACCCAGGGAACUAGAAGUCCCAUUAGGCACCACAAGCGAAAUGUAAACUCCAAUGGUGAUGGAGUUGCAGGGAUAAGUGGUCAUUCUGAGGAAAUUGAUUGCCAGUUUUCGUCUGCUGCGCCAGAGAUGCGUACUUGUACAUCAGGAAGCUCAGAGAACUGGAUGGUGCUGUCAAUUGUAGGGGAUAAGCCCACUCCUAGAUCAUAUCAUGCUGCAGCUGUCAUUGAGAAUAAGAUGGUAGUGGUUGGUGGUGAAUCUGGGAGUGAAUUGUUAGACGACGUGCAGGUGCUAAAUUUUGACAGAUUUUCAUGGACCACAGCAUCGUCUAAGCUUUACUUGUCACCAAGCAGUCUUCCACUAAAGAUUCCAGCUUGCAAGGGGCAUUGUUUGGUUUCUUGGGGGGGAAAGGCACUCCUCAUUGGAGGGAAAACAGACCCAGCAAGUGACAAAAUUUCUGUGUGGGCAUUUGAUACAGAGUCAGAGUGUUGGUCACUCAUGGAAGCAAAGGGAGACAUACCGGUUGCCCGCAGUGGUCACACUGUUGUUAUGGCUAACUCUGUUUUAAUAUUGUUUGGGGGAGAAGAUGCAAAAAGGAGGAAACUGAAUGAUCUACAUAUGUUUGAUCUCAAUUCCUUUACAUGGCUUCCACUUCUCUACACGGGAGCUGCACCUUGUCCAAGAUUCAACCAUGUGGCAGCUCUUUAUGAUGGUAAAAUUCUAUUUAUAUUUGGAGGAGCAUCAAAAUCCAGGACCUUGAAUGACUUGUAUUCACUUGACUUUGGAACAAUGGAAUGGUCAAGAAUAAAGAUACGUGGUUUCCAUCCAUCACCAAGAUCUGGUUGCUGUGGUGUUUUAUGUGGCACUAAAUGGUAUAUUACAGGGGGUGGAAGCAAGAAAAAACGACACGGGGAGACUUUGGUAUAUGAUAUAGUAAGAAGUGAAUGGUCUGUGGCAAUUGCAUCACCUCCAUCUUCUAUUACUACCAACAAGGGUUUUAGCCUAGUACAUGUGCAGCACAAGGAUAAGGACUUUCUUGUUGCAUUUGGGGGAUCCAAAAAAGAGCCAUCAAAUCAGGUGGAAGUAUUGAUAACAGAAAAAAAUGAAUCAGUCCUGGGAAGGCGACCAACUUCUACCAAAGGGCCAAGAUCUAUUCUUCUUGAAAAACAUUCAUUAACUUCUGGAUUGGGUUCUCAACGUAAAAAUGACUCAUCCCAACGUUCAAUCAACUCUGUUGCUCGACAAAAUCUUGCAUCUGCAAUUGAACAUGGUUCUGAAAGGAAAUCUCUGUCCAAAUCCUUGCUUGUACAAGAUUCCAAUUCUCUCCCUACCAACAUCUCCUUUCACAGGCAAUUUAAUCAUGAUGAAGAAUACAAUGCAGAUGUAAGGAUUGACAAGCAUUCAGAAGAUGAAAGUUCUGCCCCUCAGGCUGCUGAUCACAGAACAAAUCAAAAUGACCCUGGAAAUCACAUGAGCAAAAGUGGAGGCAAGACCAACAUGGAGGAACAGGUGUCGGUAUCUGGAAAUCCAAAUCAACAAAAUCUAGGUUUUGGAAACCCCUUUCUAGAAAGUGAUGAUGUGUCAUUCUCAUUCCCCGAGAACAGUAAAUCAGGGUUGUCCACUGCUUCAAACAUCCAUCACUAUUAUGAAACUAAAGUGGCUUCCCUAAUGAGAAAAUUUGGCAUUCUGGAGGGACAAUUGGCUGCUGCAUUAGCAAGCAGAGAGGCUGCUGAAAAAAGCUUAGCUUCUGCCUUUAAAAGCAGGCAGGAGAUGGAGAAAAAAUUGACCAAUACACUGAAGGAGAUGGAAUUGCUGAGAGAGAAACUGGUUAGUGCAGAGUUAGCCCAAGAAGAAGCUAGCAACCUAUCCAACAUGGUCCAUGGUGACAAUGUUAGGCUUGAGCAUGAUGUGGCUUUCCUCAAGGCUGUUUUAGAUGAUACACAAAAGGAAUUACACUCAACCAGAGGGGUUCUUGCAGCAGAAAGAACGAGGGCAUUCCAAUUACAGGUUGAAGUUUUCCAUCUCAAACAGAGACUUCAAUCAAUGGAAAAUCGAGCCCCUACUCCUAGGAAACCUUUUCAUGUCUAGUUUAGUGUUUUGAAUGGUCAAUGAUGCUAUGCCUAUGAAUUUCAGCAUAAAUGAUGAGACAAUGCUCCUACCAAGAAGACAAAAAGACAAAAUCUGUUAAGGAAAGGGCAAUUUGAGGAUGGUUUUGAAGACCUCCAAAGAAAAAAGCAGCACAAAUAAUGGAACUACCAAUCGGCUGAGAGAAUUGGAUCUGUACAUGUUUUAAUCACUGAGCUCCACUGUUACUUAACAGAAACACUAUAGUUUAAACAUGGAAUGAUGGUCAUUCAAGUGGUGAAGACAAGAGUUCACUAUUCCAUGUAUAAUUAAAUCAUGAUCAAAUCAAUGAUAAUUAAAUAAGAUUUAUUUUUUUGUAAUUUUUAAAA